AUGCGUCUUCUAGCCAACCUUCUACUCGCUUGCCUCCUAACCUCGGCCUUGAUCCAAAUCUCUAAUGCUCAAGGUGGCAUAUCCAUCUACUGGGGUACAUAUGGCAGCGAUUAUUACGAUGAAAAAAGUCUAGUGGAAACCUGUGAAACUGGGUUGUAUUCUAUCGUAAACGUAGGCUCAGUUUCCCAAUUUGGCAAUGGCCUGGAUAUAGAAAUCGACCUUAGUAUCACUGCCCUCCAGAUACAUUUAAUUGCACCCAUGUUGGCGAACACAUUCAACUUGUUUGGUGACGAUACGGUCUUCCAUGAUUAUCUUGCAAGAUACCUGAAGGAUUAUAGCGAAGAAGGAACAAAACCUGUCUAUUUAUCUGUAGCUCCUCAAUGUCCUUACCCUGAUGAUUAUCUUGAGGAUGUCAUUGACACAGGGGUUUUCGACUAUGUUUGGGUUCAGUUCUAUCAGACUCAGCAGUAUCGCAAUGCUACGUGCGAGUAUACUACUGAGGCUGGAGCUGAUAAUCUUUUAAGUGCAUGGAAUACAUGGACUUCGUCGCUUAAGGAAUCAGAGAAGUUGUUUCUGGGGUUACCAGCAUCCACCAAUGCCUCUUUUACUGGGUACGUCCCGGCUGAUGUGCUAAUUAAUCAAAUUCUUCCGGAGAUCAAAGACACGUCUAGGUAUGGAGGUGUGAUGCUAUGGAACAGGUAUUAUGAUAUUAAGAGUAAUUACAGUUCCUCCAUUGUUGACCAUGUUAAUUUGGAACUUAUUCGCCAAAAAACCGACUAA